UUCACGGGUUAAUUAGUGCGCGCGGGUCAGAGGUGUGACACAACAUGCCUCCACUGGAGAAAACUCAACAUCCCAAACCGUUCAAACAGAGGAAGAGUUUAGGUUACGUAUCAGCAACGAGGAAACAAGAGGUGGCAGGGAUCCGAACUAAGUUUCCGACUAAGAUCCCGGUGAUCAUCGAGAGAUAUCAGAAGGAGAAGUUCUUACCUCCGCUGGAUAAGACCAAGUUCCUCGUGCCUCAGGAGCUCACCAUGAGUCAGUUCGUGACCAUCAUCAGGAAUCGAAUGACCCUGAUGCCCAGUCAAGCUUUCUACCUGCUGAUCAAUAACUCCGGCAUCGCCAGCAUGUCUCUGACCAUGGCUCAGCUCUAUAAGGACCAUAAAGAUGAGGACGGCUUCCUCUACAUGACGUACGCCUCACAGGAGAUGUUUGGACACUGUUAUAAUGAGAACAACAGGUGACGUGUGUCCAGACGUCGUCGGAGGGCUUCAAGAGAUCUCAUUUACUUCAUUGAACUGUGAUUAAAUAUUUAAGUGUGUAUAUAAUGUUAGCUUUUUUAGAUGGACUAUUGUGUGUUUUUAAUUGAGUAAUAAAACUUUAAUUCGUGGGUCGGUGACGAGAGGGACAUCUGUUCGUUCAUGUGCUGCAAAAGCGUCAUGAUUAAUAAAACUGAAUGUCAAACUAUUGUUGGUUAAUCAUGUGGUGAUAAAAAAAUAAAGGAUCUUGUUCGUGUUUGAUGCUGCA